GACCCUGCUCCUCUCCCACCUUUCUCUACAGUUAGGAGUCGACAUCGGCAGAGGUGGGAGAGUCGAUGGUCAGUGUGGUCACAGUUACACACGCAGCGGUUGAAGAGAAACGAGCCACCUCGGGGCUUCGCCUCUCCUGUACUCUGCCUACUUUCUCGACGCCAGAUCUGUCCUCGCUGUUGAAUCCGAGGGGUUCCCAUUUGGAGGUCGGCAGGUCGGUGAAUCUCUUUCUUCCGGUCGGAACUCCAGUAGGGAGAGAUCGCGUUUUAGCGAGCUGUGGCCCGCAUGCUGGAGCAUUUAGUUCGGUUUGUUCAGGACCCUUGUCGCUGAGCUGUGCAGGGAAGGGGGAGAAGAGGCGGAGCAGAAGUUGCUGUGCGAGAGAUUGUGAUGGGGAAUUGCUUGGCCGCUCCGGAAAACGGAGACGCAACUUUGUGCUUGGGGUUGAACUAUAGCAAAAAUAACAGAGAUGUCAAGAAGCUAAGUGGUUCUAGCAGCAAGGUCUCUGCAGCGUCUGGGCCUCUCACUCCCCGCUGUGAGGGGGAAAUCUUGUUGUCAGCAAAUGUAAAGAGCUUUACCUUCAAUGAACUGAGAACAGCCACUAGAAAUUUUAAACUAGACAAUGUAGUCGGGGAGGGAGGCUUCGGUUCGGUAUUCAAGGGAUGGAUCGAUGAGCAGACGUUGACACCAUCAAGACCUAGCAGUGGUGUGGUCAUUGCCGUGAAGAAGCUCAACCAGGAAAGUUUUCAAGGUCACAGAGAAUGGUUGGCAGAGGUGAAUUUCCUUGGUCAAUUGUCUCAUCCUCAUCUUGUAAAGCUUAUUGGAUAUUGCUUAGAGGAUGAGCAACGACUUCUUGUCUAUGAAUUUAUGCCUCGAGGGAGCUUAGAGAACCAUCUCUUCAGGAGGGGUUCGUGUGUUCCACCAAUAUCUUGGAAACUCCGUAUGAAGAUUGCUCUUGGAGCUGCAAAAGGGCUUGCGUUUUUGCAUAGUGACAUGGCAAAAGUGAUAUAUCGUGAUUUUAAAGCUUCUAAUGUACUUCUAGAUUCAAACUACAAUGCAAAACUUUCUGAUUUUGGAUUGGCAAAAGACGGUCCAACAGGAGACAAAAGUCAUGUGUCUACAAGGAUCAUGGGAACUUAUGGAUAUGCUGCUCCUGAAUAUCUUGCAACAGGCCAUUUGACUUCCAAAAGCGAUGUGUAUAGCUUUGGAGUUGUUCUUCUAGAGCUGCUGUCUGGACGACGCGCUGUAGACAGGAACCGUCCAACAGGAGAGCACAAUUUGGUGGAGUGGGCGAGGCCUUACCUUACAAGCAAGAGAAGGAUCUUCCGUGUCUUGGACACGCGCUUGGGAGGGCAGUACUCUCUUGCAGGAGCACAAAAUGCCGCGACUCUUGCCAUCCAGUGCUUAUCCAUGGAUGCAAGGCGCAGGCCAACCAUGGAUCAAGUGGUAACUGCUCUGGAAUGCCUUCAGGAUCCUAAAGACAUCCCACGAAACCCUCAGGCCGGACAUAACUCGACUCCUAAGUUCAUCUAUAAUGAUUCACACAAGUCACCUCGCAGAAGAUCAGAUGAAAUUGCCCAUGGGAAAGUUGCUCGACCCAUGGUUGCAGCUUCCCCUCAUUAUACUAAGUGAAUAAAACCUUAAAGUCUCAUGUUGUAGUUAUGGUUUGCAGCUCUCUCUUGUUCAUCAUCUUUGCAAUGGCGCGUCAGUCUAUAACACUCGCAACUCCUUAGCCGACGAGAUGGAGCUACUACUUUUUUCCAUUUGAUUUAGCUUAUGUAUUGGCCGACGUGGUGGAAUCUUGUGCUUGAGACAAUCUGUAGAUUUUGGAAUUAUUAGUCAUCGAAUCUGUUAGAUUAUGCAUUCUUGUAGAAUGGAAUAAUUGUGUUCUUAUACUGAUACAUAUGCAAUCUUCUUUUGAUAAA